AAGUUCAAGGUCGUCGAUAGACACGGCGAUGACUGUUUUGGAGGCACAAUGCAGCAACAACCGCCCCCAUAUGGCUAUAACCCUCAGCCUAUGCAGCACCUGCCGCAAUACCCACCGGGUUAUGUACUACCCCAGCCAGUGUAUCCACCCCAACAGCCCCCGGUUCAGCAUCAACAACAUCAUCAACAGCAGCAGCAGCAGCAGCAGCAGCAAGUGGUUGUCGUCAGCGCUCCAGCCCCUGCCCCUACAACUACUGUGAUCCGAGAGAGGUCCCAUGUGAAUCAUAUCCUGCAUUUGAUCAUCACGUGUUUCUUUCCUCCCUGGAUCAUUGUGUGGAUUAUCCUGACCAUUGCAGAGAAUAGUUAAAUGGGGAUGUGGAUUACACAGGCGCUUCAAGACCUUUCAAGACUUCCUUUCUGACUAUUUAUCCCUAAACGGUGACCCAGCAUCUUAUACAAAACACGCAUCGCCGGUGCUCAUGUUCAUUAAUAACUACAAUUUGCUGUCAUUAUAUAUAUUAUACAAACCGAAUGCCUAGCUCAGAAGGAACACAACUCUCAUUAUACAAAAAUGGAUUUCUUUGUUACUGUUUUGCCGACAAUGUGCAUUAUUCGUUAAUAAAAUAAUACCCUAUUU